CAUAACAAAUUGCAUCGCAAUUUUUCCUUGUUGUUCUUAGAUACUCAAUUAAAAACAAACUUUGGGCAAUAUGGCCCUGGCAAAUGUUCUGCUUCUUAGCCAAAUUACAGGACAUGUCAUCCUGUUCAUCUUAUCUCUGUGUAUUGUGGUGCCACUGUUUAUAAAUCUCGAUCAGUUCUGUGGACACUGCCUACUUUUUACCACAGGAAAAUGGCGCGAGGAAGACGGCAUGUUUGAUGUAAAUUGGGCUUCUCCUGGCUUUUGCAAUUUUCCAUUAAUCACAGGAAUUUUCCUACUCAUCAUUUCGAUUGUGCAGAUCUAUCGUUAUGCCCGCAUGAAGGAGGAGGCAUCCUUUAUAGCGCUUUUCAUUGAUGUUGUUCUUGGUAUUUGGAUGUUGGCCAUGUCCAUAUUGUCGGCAAUCUUUAUUACUCUCGGUUUCAUUGUUUGGUGUGAUGGCAUGACUCAACGUUUUCCUUCAUGCGAGACAUCAGCAGGACAAAAUAUUAUACGCGGCGAUACGGAGAAAAUCAACACUUCGGGCUUCUACAUCGAAAUGGGAACCACUCAGUUUGGCGCCUGGGGAUCCUUUGCUAUAUCUGUGGGCAUUGGUGUCAUUGCCUUGCUGAAGCUGAUCAAUAAUCAUCAAGUUCGCAACAUUAAAGUCUCCAUGUAUUUGGAGCGACAACGUUUGGUCAAUCAGCAUAGUCAACAGUUUGAUGGUCGCUCAACGCCUCCAAUGGUCGCUGAUCAUUCCUCUGACUCAGAUCAGAACAAAUAGUAGCCAUUUGACGGCAAUAAUCAAGAGUUUAUCGUUCUUUACAUAUUUCUCGUCAUUUGUUUAAUUAUAGUUAUCUGUCAUUUAAUAUUUGUUCUAUUGCUGAAGAUUGAGGCACGGCAGCUGGAGAGUAUUAUUUAAGUUACUUUCGUGAUAUGUAUAUACUUUAUACCUACCUAUUUAUAUGUUUCAUGUUUAAUACACAUAACGAAUACAUUAUAAUCUCAUAGGAA